AUGAAGUGGCGCGGCUACUGUGAUUCCUACGCAGACAACCCCUCCACCUCCUCCUCUUCUUCUUCCUCCCAGCUUCAAGCUCGUGCCCAGCCGUCCAAAGGCAAACUCAUCCAUUCCAAAAAGGCACCUCUACUCAUCAUCGAACCCUCCGUCAACACUAUUCGCUUCGCCAAUAGCGACCAGCACGAUUACUUUGUCGAAUGGUCUCACCUAUCCGUCACCUUCCUAGGCGGAUUCAUCGACCAGACUCGUCUUUGGACUGCCACGAUGCCCCAAGUUACUCUGGAAGAAAACACGUUGCGGUACGGGGCCAUGGCUGUGGGAGCCUUGCGAAAGGCAUACCAAGUCCAAGGCUCGGAGCUGGGGCUCGACAAUAACAAUCGCCACUACCUCAACGCCAUUGUCUAUUAUUGCGAGGCUCUCCGAAUGCAGUCGGAGAUGAAGCCUACCAGGGAGGGCCUGCGAACUGCUCUGCUUUCCUCUCUCCUAUUCAUCUGCUUCGAAACCCAGCGAGGAAAUGUCCCAGCCGCCCUUAAGCACAUUACGCACGGCUUUACGAUGCUUAACGAACUUGCUAACUGUACCGACAAAGCGCCUGACCUUGUUAGCAUUGCUCCGGCGCCACCAGCCCUGGUACAAGAUAUUCUAGACUGCUACAAACCCCUGGAGUUGCAGUCGCGAUCCUUCAUGGGAUCCUAUAGGAAAUUCUUCUUCCCACCGAAACCUCCCCAACAGUCUUCAUCACCAUCACCAUCUCCAUCCGACUCCUCAGCCUCGCCAUCCGCCUCCACCUCAUCGCUGCCACCGCAGAAUCCGCAACAACAAAACCAAAAGAGACUCGAAUAUUCAAACACAGCUCAACCGACGGGCCACAGCCCCUCGAACCAGCCUCAAACACCUCCUAUGUCGUCGCCUCAUAGCCCCCAGGCCCACACGACAGGCCUACCGAGCCCUCAAAGCCAGGGCGAUCCUUCUUCUCCUCAGCCGCCCCCUGCCCCUAGACGACCGCCAGGAAUCAUCCCGUUUACGAAGCACUCUCCAUAUUUUCGACCAAAACUAACCCGAAUUGUCUCCUUGGACGAUAUGCCGCGUACCUUUAGCUCGUGGGAUGAAAUGCGUGACUAUUGGGGGCUUGUCCAGAGGCAAAUGGUUCGUCAUGUUCCUAUGCUAACCAGAGUGACGUCGGAUCUUGCUCUUCACAGGACAACCGACCCUGCCGAGUUGGAGAGGAAAUUCGGAAGCCUCAAGACGAACGUGACGCUGUCGAAAUUCAUUGCAGAGUCACGAUACUGGCUGCAGCGCUGGACCGAGGCCUACCAACCCAUGUAUCAGGCCGUACUUCGCAACGCUACAAACGAUCGGUCGCUUUACCUACAGGCCAUGAGCAUUCGAAUAGAGUAUCUAAUCCUCUAUAUUUACACCACCGUCCCUCGCUACUCCAGCCUUAUAACCGUCAAGGGCCUGACGCCACAAUACCGCGAAAUCACUACGCUCGCCGAGGAGUUGCUGCAAGCUCGACCCAACUGCGGUUUUGCCAUGGACGCAGGAUGGACAUGGCCCCUUUUCGUCGUCGCUUUUGGCUGCCGAGAUCGUACCGUUAGGGAAGAGGCAAUUCGAAUCCUUGGCCAAUACCCCAUUCGCAACGCCUUGCGCGACAGCAGAGUCUUUCGGGCCAUUGCCAUGAAGAACAACGAGACCGAAAUCACAAAUGGCAUAGAGGGCGACGAGAAUGAGCAAUGGAUGCGUCUCAGGAGGCGCGAGCUGGUCUUUGAAGAUUUUGGCUCCUCCAUCAUCUUCCGGUUUGUGCAAAAGGAUCCUGUGACAGGGAAAUGGGAGCUGGUGGAAGAGGCAAGCGACUUUUUGGUCGGGCCUGAUGGUCGCCUUCCGUGGCGGAGACAACCAAUCUCUGAAUCAGAGUCGAUUCUUUCUGGCGUAUGUUGA